GCGGAAGGCGGGAAGGGAAACGCACAUGAAAUCAUUGUUGGCGGGUCGACCUGACUUACCUGAGCGUAGGCCGCUCAGUCGAGUUUCAGACGUUGUCGGGUCCAGUUCGGUUAGUUGCUUGCGGUCGUUCUCCAUCGCUUUGGCCAGUGUACUUCUGUGUGUCUGCUGCCUCCUCACCUGGUUGCACCUCAGCGCAUGCAACGCAAACGCAAACAGAGUUCGUCUGAGCGGCAAAUGUGAAAAUGCAAAUUUGACCAAACACGAGUGCCCAGUGGUAUUACCCGCUUACUCUCCUACCUGACAUACCGUCUUUGUCAUCGCAAUCAUCCCUCGAUCUCUGGGAAUCCUGGCGGGGGGCAAGGCAAACGCAAACAUCAACAGAGUCGGGCUCGCAUCCGUUUCCGGUUCUUUCUGACGAUUGUUCCCUACUUUUUCAUGAAUGAAAUUCUUAAUUCGUCUCUGCGUCGUUCGCGUCUCUGUGUCCUGAGUGCUGUGUUCUCUGUUCAGUGUGUGUUUUUGAGCCGCAUGUCCAGUUCCAGUUCCAGUUCGAACUCCAGCGGUGUCAACUGACGGCCCAGCAAUCGCAUUGUUGCCGCUGACGGGGGGCGUCAGUGCACCGUAAAGAUCUUUAUCGCAUUUUAAAUACGUUCUCGGCCAGAAGGCAAGACCCGGUCGUCGUCAGGUCGUCAGGUAGACGGAAACCAAACAUCGGCCCCGGCCAGGUUAAUGCAGUUUAUUGUUCUAUGAACGCUGGGCCCGCACUGUUUAAGUUUCGCACGCUGAUAAAGAGCCGAACCAGCCGCUCGAGGAACACUACCACCAUCCGUGGACUUCGCCCGGCCAACAAAAUGCUGCCAAAGCUCAGCAGCCCGCUGAUCAUCCUCCUGUUGCUGUCUGGCCUGACAGCGGCCAAUGAACUCAAGGAUCUGCUAGAGGACAGCACAUCCCCCACCACCAGCAGCAGUAGCAGCUCUCCCACACCACCAACCUCCAUCACACCCACAUCUCCCGCCGCCUAUGUAGUAUCUGCAGCUGCGGUUGCUGUGCCUGCCCCCUCGGCUACUGGGAAGGCCAAGUUGAAGGGCUCCUCGGGGAAGUACGUCAACAAGAGCUCGCCCAGGAAGCGCAAGGCGGAGCAGGUGUCGUCGCUUCCACUUCCCGUGGACGAUGGGCUCACCGAGUGGAAGUGCCCCAACAUCACCGGCACCCGGAAUGCGGAAAUCGAGUGCGGAUGCGACCUGCCACACACGCUGAGGUGUAACAUUGAUCUGCAUGGAUUGCUGAUCCUGGCAGAGCGACUGCGCACAUCCCCGUACUCCAUUUCCUUGCUGGACUGCUCUUUGCGGAAUGUUUCCUUCCUGAGCGACGCCAAAAUCUUUGAUGGCGUUUCGCUGCAUGGACUGGUUAUCUCCUCCGGCGAAAUCAAGCGGGUUCACAAGUCCGCCUUCCUGGGAAUACACGGCCCUCUGCAGGCACUGGGUCUUCCCGGAAACGCCCUGAUGAGUGUGCCUUGGAAUGCUCUGUCCACUUUGGGCUCCCUGGAACGACUGGAUCUAGCCAAUAAUAAGAUCAAGGCCUUGGGCACAGCCGACUUUGUGGGUCUGGGCAACCUGGUUUACCUUGAACUGAGCAACAACCAGAUAUCCAGCAUUUCCCAGAGAACGUUUGUCAACCUGCGGAAGCUGGAGGUACUGAAGCUGGGUGGGAAUCGCCUCGGCGACUAUCCUCAGAGCUUGAGGUCACUGAGUCAGUGCCUGAGCCUAAGGCAGUUGGAUCUGACGGCCAAUAAUCUGAAUGCUCCGCUGAGCGACCAAACGCUUCCCGGAAUGAGAAACCUGGAGAGCCUGAAUCUCAAUCGGAACUUGAUAAAAAGCAUCCAGAACAAGGCUUUGGCGAACUUUUCGCGCCUGAUAAACCUUUCCCUUCGUCACAACCAGAUAGAUGUCCUGCAGGACCAUGCCUUCUAUGGGCUGGGUGCCCUGGACUCCCUGGACCUCAGCUACAAUGGAAUCGUGGCCAUUUCCAGUGCCUCCCUGCAGCAUUUGACGCGUCUCACAGUCCUGGACCUGACCCACAAUUUCCUUCGGGCUCUGACUUCGGAUCUGAUUGCCCCACUACCAUCACUGAGAGAACUACGAUUGGCGGGAAACGACAUAUCCAUUGUGGCACGCAACGCCAUGGACGGAGCCCGGGAGCUGCAGAGCCUUCAGAUGCAGGAGAAUCCUCUUUCAUGCGACUGCAGCAUCCGACCAUUCGCCGAGUGGCUCCAGGAGUCCCAGUUGCACUCUGCCCUCUCGGCAUCCUGCGUCACGCCCCCUCGACUCGAGGGAGCUCCUCUCCUGCAAGUUCCCGUUGAAACCUUAAGCUGCGACAUGGACAACGUGGAGAAGGACAAUGCCAACAUAAUGCAGCACCUGGAAACAUUGGCCAAGCCGAAUCAAUCAUCGCCUGUCAAUUAUUUAUCUGAAGAGAUUAUUCUACACGAGUUGCACUAUUCGGCGGACUAUGGUCUGAUCCUGACUUGGCUCUUGAACCUCAGCAAAAAGGACUAUAUGUGUGAUGCCAUCUUCGUCUACAAGGAACAGAAAAUUAACGAGCUGCUUAUAGACAACUCUCCGAUUCAUUGUGAAAGCAAAAUAGUCGAUGGACAGAACACGGUCAGUGUCAUUGUGCCGGACAGCUCAUCCCUGGAAAUUGGAGAAAGCUAUCGGUUUUGCCUGGUUAUGGUGCAGGAGCAGAAUCCCAAGGCGGAGUUGAACAUCGGUUGCUCCAACAUCACCCAGUUGCAACUAAGCAGUCCGGGAUCUGUUCCGGUGUCGCGUCAGUAUCAAAGACCUCCCUAUUACACUUCUAAUGAACUGAGGCCGGAACUGGGACAUGACGCAGGUGAGGAUUACGAGCUGAAUCAGCGGCGCUUCAACUCCAUGGUGGGCAGUCAACAGCAGCAGACGCAUCCACAUCCCCAUCCGCAUCCGCAGUCCACGAUGUUGCACAGUUACACAGUGAUCGAUUCGCUGAACAAGAGUUUCCUGCCGGGUCUGGGCCUGGGUGUGCUGGUCACCUCGGUGUUGGUACUCAUCUGGGGAGCCACCCGCAUCCGCCAGAACAAUAGCGCCAAUGGCGGGGGCAGCGGCAGGGGCAACGACAGUGUCGGCAGCAACAGCAGUGGCAUGCACAACAACAACAACAACAGCAGACCGGGCACUCCAACGGCCACCACCUGCUACGCUGCCUCGGAUCAUAUAGCCCGUCUGGCGGACGCAGAGAACGGAUCACGGUACCUCAAGCUGCAGGCCACCACGAGCCUGUGAAGCAGCAACAUGCAACAGCGGGGGAAUGUUGCACCUGCCCACUCAAUGAACCAUGUGAUAGUACAGUGGCAACUGUACCGACUUGCGUAGUUAUAGACCAUAGAAGCUAGUUCUAAGCUCCAAUGCACUAAUCCAAAUAGUUGGCCCACACUAACCCAUUUGUGCCAUAAGUUAAUCGAUACGUAAGAUUCCCAUAAAUAUAAAUGAACUAUACGAAUUUGUGGUCAGAAUAAUAGA